AUGCCUUUCCAACUCGACGACGACGUCGGCUCAGACUACGACGAUGAUGAUGACGAUAGUCUAAUAAAAAAUUUGGCGCCUUCAGAGCUCAAGAAGCUGAGGAAUAAACAACGGAAGCAGCGCAGAAAGGCCGAACUUGAACGACAACAAGCUGCUCAAGCUCAAGAAAAACGAGAACAGCAUAAUAAGUCUCGGCAGCAAGCUGAUGCUGAUUUUGAACAACCGACUUUAGAUGAAUUAAUUCCUGAGAAACUUGAACGAGUUGAAGAUCCACUUGAACAAGCCAUCAAGUUCUUACAACCUUUGCAAAACUUGGCUGCUGAUCGUAUUGAGACUCAUUUGAUGGCAUUUGAGAUCUACAUACGCAAAGGUAAAAUUUUAUUAAUGUUACAAUCAAUUAAGCGCGCUCACCGUCUAGAUGCAAACAAUCCAGAGCUGCAUUCAUGCCUGGUACGGUUUCUAAAAUUAACAACAAACCAACAACAACUUGAAGGCCCAGUCGCUGAAGUUAUAAAGCGACAAACCAGUGAAAUAUUUUCUACCACCGACCCAGUUCAAUUCAACGCUGAGUUUUUGAGUAAAAACAAAAAGUCAUUGCCCCACUUAUUCCAAGCUGGACGCAUGAUGUACUUGUUGGAUUCUAGCGCACAGGAAAAAGCUCUUUCGCUUGUCGUUAAUUGCUGUAACGAUGAUAAUGCAUGUAAUACUAAUGGUAAUGAAAGUAAUGGUGGACUAGUAGGUGUAAAUUUGAACAAUUGUGUAAGGAUAUUAGAAGCUCUGCGUAACAAUGAUUUCGGUCCGUGUGACGAGGCAAUAGAUAAAUACACGGCUAAAUGUCACAAACGUUUUCCAUAUGCUGCGGCUUUCAAACCACCGGAGGUAAACAGAGCUGAUGGAUUAAAUGUUAUCAUAAGUAAUCCAAGUGGUAAUACUGCUGUUGUCCAUCCAACAGCUUCGGUAAACAUUAAUCAUCAGGUAUCAUUAUCAUCAGUAGGUAAAGAUAAAUCAGCCACAAUUAAAAAUUGA